AUGGAGGCAGUGGGAAAGUUGAUACAAAGUAGGAUUUUCAGCGCGCGGCGCGUUUCUUGCCCUGUGACGGCAACCGGCAUCAUCACGCACGGAGCGCUAGUAUACGGCGGGGUCGGAGGCCCAGGGCUUUGCCCUCCGAGAGGCCCUGACCUCCCGCCUUUGGAGCUCGGCUUCCGCGGCAGCUGGCGGGAUGACGAGCUCCUUCCGUCGACUCCCGCGAGUCAGGCCGCGUCGACGCAAAGCGGCUCCUCCGCGACGGAUAAAGGCCAGAAUGUGGAGUGUGUGGUCUGCGGAGACAAGUCUUCGGGGAAACACUACGGCCAGUUCACUUGUGAGGGUUGCAAAUCAUUUUUCAAGAGGUCCGUGAGAAGAAACCUGACAUACUCUUGCAGAGGCAAUAGGAACUGUCCAAUCGACCAGCACCAUAGAAACCAGUGCCAAUUUUGCAGACUCAGAAAAUGUCUAAAAAUGGGCAUGAGGCGAGAAGCUGUUCAGAGAGGGCGCGUGCCGCCGACGCAGCCGGCCGGCCUCGCGCUGCCGGGCCAGUUCGCGCUUGCCAACGGAGACCCCGCCGCGGGGCUCAACAGUCAUCCCUACCUCUCCUCCUACAUCUCUCUGCUCCUCCGAGCAGAGCCAUACCCGACCUCAAGAUACGGCCAGUGCGUACAACCUACCAACGUGAUGGGCAUAGACAAUAUCUGCGAAUUAGCCGCUCGAUUACUAUUUUCCGCCGUCGAGUGGGCGAGAAAUAUACCCUUCUUCCCAGACCUCCAAGUCACCGACCAAGUGGCGCUCUUAAGGCUCGUCUGGUCGGAACUGUUCGUCCUAAACGCGUCCCAAUGUUCCAUGCCCCUCCAUGUGGCUCCGCUCCUGGCGGCUGCCGGUCUACACGCUUCACCGAUGGCCGCGGACCGGGUGGUCGCCUUUAUGGACCACAUAAGGAUCUUCCAAGAGCAAGUGGAGAAGCUGAAAGCCCUCCACGUCGACUCGGCGGAGUAUUCCUGUCUGAAGGCCAUCGUCCUCUUCACGACAGAUGCCUGUGGCCUAUCAGACGUGCCCCACAUAGAGAGCCUUCAAGAGAAAUCCCAGUGCGCCCUAGAAGAAUACUGCAGGAGUCAAUACCCGAACCAGCCCACGCGCUUCGGGAAGCUGCUCCUCCGGCUGCCCUCACUCCGCACCGUCAGCUCCCAAGUCAUCGAGCAGUUAUUCUUCGUGAGAUUAGUAGGGAAAACUCCAAUCGAGACGCUAAUAAGGGACAUGCUGCUGUCAGGGAGCUCGUUCUCAUGGCCCUACAUGGCGACCAUGUGACACACGAUGUGGCGACAGUUGGCGGCGGCAUGAUCCACGCCCUACGGCUUCCCGCCGUACUUGCCCAGUCAGCGCUUCGACUUCCAAAGGUACCAGCGUGAGGCCCAGCCGGAGGACGCCGUGACGUCAUCCAGCGAAUUCCACGACACAGCCAACUCCGAGGAGUACUUCGGGUCCAAGACCAGUCGAGACAGCGACAGAGCCGAUCCUUGUCCAACUUUCGAUCCGAUCUCCGCGUUCUAUACCCCCAAAACAGACGAAUCCUUCGAUGUACCAACCACUACGUCGAACGAAACGCAGAAACAUGCUCAAAAGACUUCCAUGAUGAUCGAUAAUCUCCUUAACAUCAGAAGUCAAGACUCGUGUUCUAUACCAGAGAUGAAGUAACUUAGUUUUUAGUAUGGGGUCAGUAGUGUUUACUAGUUCAAGUUUCUUUGUUCCUCUGUAAAAAUGUAGGCUAGAUUUAAUAUUUAAUUAUGUAAAUAAAAUGUUUUUAUUAUUGUAAAUGUAUAGUUAGUGUAAGGUAAGAGAUAAAACUGUUUUCUACGAUGUUAUUAGUUAGAGAAAGUUUCUGAAACGGAAUUGAGUUGGUAUUUCUUUGCUACCUCGUUAGUGGAAAGGGGUUACUUACAAAUUAAUAGCUUGACCAAUUAUACUUUAAUUCUGCUAUCUUGACAAUAUCAUAUCCAGCUGCUUUGAGCAUAAAUUUAAGGAUUCCUUGUGUUCUUGGCAAAUCGUAUUCAGCAAAUUUUAUUAUCACAAAAUCCGCUACACUUGUUAACGUGUUUUUUUUUUCAGAUUAUAUAAUAACCUUAUUAGUUACAAUGUUCGCAUUAAAUACUCCUUUUAACUAACGUGGUAAUUGAAAUUGUCAAUUUAUUUAUUAUUGUAAAAAAAAUCCUAAUCUUCUAGAACAAUCUUGGAUUGUCAGACGCAAUAAAAUAUUCUUCAGUCGUGCAAUGUAUGUGUGUAGUCGUGUUUAGGAAAUAUAAUGCAUUUUUUUACAUAUUUAUAAUGGUUUUAUGUAUAAAGAUCAGAUGUUGCAUUUUGUACAUGUACCAAAAAUAAAUCGUCUACUUAUUGGUUAAUUGAACAUUUAAAUAAAAAACAAAACAUCAUUUUAUGUGAUGAUAUUAUUUUAAAUAAAUUAAUGACUUCUUCAACGAUUUUUAGAAUUAUUAUUGGGCAAUUUUAUAAAAAGAAAAUACUUUACUGGUGCUCUUUAUAUAUAUCAUUCCGUAAUAAAUGCAUUUAUCAAACUUAUAUUUCAGUAAGUACUUAUACAAUUUCAUAUAAAUACUAUUUUAAUGAAUAUGUAUGCAGUCUAUAUAACAUUAUUUUUAUGUAAGUUUGUGCAUUUAUUGAUUUUUCGUUGCAAAAAUUUCUGGUGCUUAAGGUACAUUA